AGUUCACUGCAGUUUAUUGCCUCGAAAGAUUGUACCAUGCACUGCAUCGCAGACUUGAUGAAUGCCAAUAGUGAACAGUUUUGAAAUAUGCAAUACUCUAUAAAUUGAAUGGCAGACAACAUACUACAAAUUAAUCUUGCAGAAAUCGUUACAGCGCAAACAGCUCGUGCAUGAGCAUUAAAUAAAAUGGUUAAUUUCUUUAACAAUUGCAAGUGUUUCCGUAUUAUUUGGGAGACUACAUUGGAUAACAAACAACUACGUUACAUACUUUACCUCUUCUGUUUGCUUAGUUGUCGCGGGACAGCCAAUGGCAAGGAAGCAACGCUACAACGUCGCUUCAUGUGGAAGCAAAUGCACUUAGAUAACUUAGUAGGCAACAUGGCGACCAGGCCAUACUCCAUAAAACAUAUGACGUCCGAUCUAGCGCCCAAUGGACACUCAGUGCUGACAAAUAAACUAUUGGAUUAUUUACCCUCGGAAACUACCAGAGUAAAAUACAUCAUCCAUAACCCCACAACAAAGAAACCCAUGAAAAUUAUCAAAAUUCGACCAAGCAAAAAAAUUGUUAAAAUAAUAACGAAGCCAACGAUUACUACCGACUCGAAAACGGUAAAUUCCUACAAAAGCACAAUGCCCGCGUAUCUCAAUAGUAACCAAAUGGAGAAGAUGGAAAAGGAACAAGAGUUAAUUGCCGAAGGACAAUUAUCAGUUAAAAGCGGCGAUGUUUAUCAACAAAAUUUUCUUUCCGAGAAUGAAAAAUAUUCACUACAGGCGUCCCGCGAAAUGACAGAUGAACCAAAUUCCUGGUUGCCAGUUUUUGAAACUAGUGAAGUAGGUUCUACCUAUUCCCCGCUCAAACCAAAUACACUAAGUCCACUACACACCAGUUUUAUGGCAGAAAGUCUGCCUAAACCAGAAAAACAGAUUUCUCAUCAAUCGUUAUUGUCCGUUGGAGAGCAAGAUCAACACAAUGAUCAUGAUUACCAAAACCAAAAUAUACAGUCAAAUGGUUAUGAAGUCACUGAACAUAUUGCUGAAGAGUCUAUAGCAAUACCAUUAAUGCAAGGUUCACAUAUUAGUCUUCGAACUACUCCAUCUAAAUUUUCUUUAAUACAACCCACUAUCACUGCAUAUAGAGAUAAGUUUACAUCAACGAUCACACCAAGUACCUUGACGGAGGAGCCACCAAACUACCCAGCCAAUUUCUUAAGACGUUUUCAGGAACGGUUACAAACGACUACAAUCUUACCACCUGGUCUACCGACGAGAUCAAAACAACGAAAGAACUCAGAAGAACUUAACGGCGAUUGGACUCCAAGCAAUAUUAGUAACCCUAGAGACGCUUUCAAGUUAAGAGGUCGGUUUCACAGUUUGCCCUCCCGGGUUAAAAGUGAAAAAUGGCCACCAGAAGUUGCAACUUCCACAUCUCAAUUUACCUCUGAUAAGUUACCAACAUUUGGCAACUAUGGCGAAAUGAGACAUUCAGUAUUAAUUUCUACUACUACAAACCCAAUAUUAGCGACAGAAAUCAAAGAGCAAGUCACCUCUCCUCCAACAGGCAAAUCGAGGAAAGCACAACCUUCCGCGGCAGUUAAGGCCAGACAAAGUGUUGAAUUACCGAGACUUCAAAGUAACCGAGAACAUAAUCGUGGAUCUAUUAAAUUUGGUGACAAAAUCUUUACGUAAUAAUUGGUUUAGAUUGUACACAAACUAUCUCUUAUCUUUCCUCACAUCUGUUAUACACAAUGAAUACUCAUUUACUUAGCAAUAGAAACUAAAUAUAAUUAAAGAAAUGAUAGAUUUAAUUAAAGAAAGAAAGAUAAUCACUACAUCUAGGCCAUGUUUAGGUAACAAGACGCAAAUUAAUGGAACAAAAUCAUCUCUCUUGAGACCCGGAAUCGUGCUGUUCCAAAGGAGUCGGACAUUGGGAAAGGAGUGUUGAAAGAUGACUUCGUUUCAUAGAUUAUAGUUAAGAGGGAACUCAUUGUACACACAUAUAUUUGAUAGGACGAGAUCAAUUCUAGAUAGCUGAAAAUUUAGAGUCAAGAAGGGACUCAUUGCACGCAGUGCAUAUAUUUGAUAGGACGGGAUCGAUUCUGGAUAACUAGAAAUUAAACCUGCUACAUUUUCAAGAACGAAUUUGGGUAGAAGAAAGUCAGUAAAUGUGUUAAUAGCUCCACUUUGAAUAUCAUACAUAGCGAGUCCAAAGUCAGCUGUGUCAAUAAUCUGGUUAAUAGAUUAUGCUAUGUCCUUCACGUAGUCAAGGAAUGAUCUCUUUAGACUUCUAGGAUGCGGUUUUACUUCAAGCAGAUGACUGCAUGGAUUAUUUUUACGAAAACAUUGUGUUGCUUACCCGGAACCAUUUACUAAACUCGGACUAGAGCAUGAGCAUUAAACUAAAAUGCUUAAGCCAUCUAGGCCGACUUAGACUAUUUCGUCUUGUCGAUGACAUCUUUAACCUAAUCAUCGGUGAAAGUAAGUGUCUCGUAGCCUUUUGGCAUUUUGUACUGUCAUCGGGUAACAUGUCUUUUGGCCUUAUCAGUUGAACGGUGCAGGGCAUAUUGCCGGUUAACAUAGGCUACGCACUUAUUCGCUUACGAGAAUCAUCGUAUCCGCUCGGGUUGGAAAAGGACGUUACAGGAGUUCAAAGCUUACUCACGCAGAUGGAGGGGUUACACAAAUUUGCUUUGGUUUAUUUAGCAUUUGUCAAAUUCCAAAUUGAGAUUUCCAAACCAGUAAAACUAACGUAAACGACAGGAUUUAUGAGCAGAAACCAACUCAUGCCGUCGCAUUCUAGAAUGAUUGUGACAGACUUUAAACCAAAUGAAAAACAAGAAAAAUUUCUAAACCACCAUAUUGCCAGAAUAGUCGUCGUACUCCUUGUGACUUUUUUCUGUUUUGGAAACUGAAAAGUUCGCCUCGGGAAAUGCGCCAUGAAUUUAUUGAUUGAAGGCAAACUGUUCGCGUCGUAAACAAACAGCUGACAAACACCCACUAAUUGACAAAUAGAGAUCAAAUUUUAGACAAACAUAAAAAAGAUU